AUGUCACCAGUGCCAUUCUCCGAUAUUGGCAAGUCGUCCAGCGACUUGUUGUCCAAGGACUAUCCCAUUGGAGCAACCAAGCUUGAAGUCAACACAACUGCUUCAAACGGAACGAAAUUCACUGUGUCGGGUGUACAAGAUCACAAAUCAAGUGCAAUCUCUGCUGACUUCAAGAGCAAAUACCCUUACAAGCCCAGCGGCUUGGUGCUGACCGAGUCAUGGACUACCGGCAAUGUCUUGAGUCUCGAAGCUGAACAAUCCGACACACUCGUUAAAGGCAUGAAACUCACAUUGCUCACAUCCCUCCUCCCUGCUUCUGGUCAACGAAGUGCUAAAUUCUUCGCUGAAUACAAGAACGCCAACCUCCUUACUCGUGGUAACGUCGAUCUGCUCAAGGGACCCAUCAUCACUGAAGAUAUUGUUGUUGCAUCGGAUGGAUUCUUGGUUGGUGGUGAAGUAGCAUACGAUGUUGCUGGUGCCAAAGUGACUCGUUACAAUGCUGCUCUUGGAUAUGUUGGACCCGACUAUGCUGUUGCUCUCCAUGCUACCAAUGCAUUCGGAUCAUUUACUGCUUCCUACUUCCACAAAGUCCGAAGUGAUGUUGAAGUUGGUGCCAAAGCUCACUGGAACCGUUCUUCUGACUCGUCAGUAUCAAUUGAAGCUGGUUCCAAAUGGGUGUUGGAUCGUGAUUCCUUCAUCAAGGCCAAGGUUAACUCUGCUGGUCAUCUUGGUUUGGGUUACAGCCAAAUCUUACGUCCUGGUGUUAAAUUGGGUCUCGGUGCUACUCUUGACACUACUCGUCUCCAAGCAGAUGUUCACAAAGUCGGAAUGUCUUUGGCAUUCGACUUUUAA